AUGGGUUUUGGUGAGAGGUGGUGUUCUUGGAUCACACAGUGCAUUUCAACGGCUUCUAUUUCGGUUCUAGUGAAUGGGUCACCUACUGAAGAGUUCUCUAUUGCUAAAGGAUUGAGGCAAGGUUACAGUCUUUCUCCUCUUUUGUUUAAUGUGGUUGGGGAAUUGCUUCACUUGAUGCUGUCGAAAGCUGUGGACUUGGGUCUUUUUCAUGGGUUCUCUUUUGGAAAUAAUCAAAACUCUUUUACUUUGUCUCAUCUGCAGUUUGCAGAUGAUUUAAUUAUCUUUUUUCGAGAUUCAAUUACCCAGAUAAAGAAUGUUAGAAUAGUUUUAAGGAUUUUCGGCUUAUUGACGGGGCUCCAAUUGAAUUUAGCUAAAAUUAAACUGUAUGGGAUUAAUGUGGAGAGUGAUAUUCUUGACGAUUGGGCUAGGGAUAUUGGUUGUACUGUUGAUUCAUUUCCCUAUGUAUAUUUAGGCCUUCCUUUAGGGGCGAAAAAGAACUCGGUUAAGCUAUGGGAGCCAAUCAUGGACAACUUCAGCAAGAAAUUGGCAGGAUGA